GUGCAAAGCUGCUGCCUCCCUCUCUCUGUCUUUUACAGUCUUCCCUAGUCUCUGCAAUGGGGAAAAAGAAAAACAGACCCAAAGCAGCAUAAAAAGCGGCCUCUGGCAGAAAGACAAGAAAGAAAGAAAUAAAAAACCUACUACAGUCUACAGCUACAGCGGCAGCAGUUGAGCUGAGAGAGAAGUGUGAGAGAAACCCAGAAACCAAGAAUGAUAAAGUAACAACACGUUCACUUACUCUCGUCUCUUCUCCUCUGCUUUCACAUUUGCCCUUCCUCCCGGAGCUUCAUUCUUCCGCCUCUCCCUACUAAAAAGGUUUCUCCUCUUGUUCUUUUUCUGCUGUUCUGCUUUGAUCUCUCUGUUUGGGGCGCCACAAAUCAAACCCGUUCUGUGUUACUAUGUCUCAAACUCAACCCCCUUCCGUUUUCUUUAAAUAAUUCCUGGAAUUUUGAUCGCUGCAAUUCCUCAAAGUUUUCACCGUGCUUACGCCUAAGUCUUCAAUUGUCAUUUUUUACAUCGUCGUGUUUUGUGUUUAUCUGGGUCUCCUUUUUGGCAGGUUGUUGGUGUGUUUUUUUCCCGAAGGUUGAGAAUUCAGGGAAAGAAUGUUGGAGGGUUAAGAGAUUUUCCCGAAUGAGGUAACAGAUCAGUGCACACUAGCUCAGAAAAUGCAUAAAAACUUCAAUGCUCGCGCCUUGCCUUGUUUGUUUGACUACUGAGUUACCAUUGUGUGUUCAUGGGUUUAUAAGAUUGAAAAGUUUCUGUGUCUGUUGUUGGGGGCUGUGUAUGGUGAUGAAAGAAAUUUCCCAAACUUCUUCUCUCUUUUCAGCCUUUGUGUUUUUUGUUUGUAGUCCUCUAAUUUCUUUGAAGGUUUUGCCCACUACAUAUGGGCAUUAAAACAAAAAGGAAGGGCUUAAAUAGUUCUAGUGUUUUUAUUAUCAUGGGGUAAACUGUGGGAAAUUGUUGUCGAUAUUACAUUCAUGGUCUGGGCUGGCAAUGCUGCCUGUAGUUCCCAGUCAGCAUGGCUAUUCACUGUUCCGCUUAGUCUGGAAAUUAAUGGCUUGCGUGUGAAUAAAGUGCUUUUAUUACGACUGGUGCAGGAUUUCUCACUGAAAUUGGAACUGGGAGUGUUUUGAUCUGAAUCCCAGUCGUCUUUGUAUUGAUUAUCCUGAGGACUAGCGAAACUGUGCUGGUACUGAGGCUGCUCCAACACAAGAGCAGUAGUGCAUCAUGUAAGAAAUUGUGGCCUAACAAUGUUAUUUAUUGAGGAUAUGAUCUCUCCUUUGUUUAUCAUGUGGUGCAAUAACUGCAUUCUUCAUUAGGUCUUACUUCCACCUCCGGACUGAUUUUUCAGAUGGUUAAUCAUUUGGUUGAGUUUUGCAGCUAUUUCAUUACUGAAUUCUUAUUCAAGAUAUUGGCUUCAAGAUGAACGAGAACAGGCAAACCGACUUGCAUUAUGCCAAUACUGGCAUUCCUUACACCGCCACAGAAAGCUUUAUGGAUUUCUUCCAAGUGCCAGUCAAUUACGCACAUACUGGACCACUUCAUGAUCACGACAAUUCAUACUGGUCGAUGAAUAUGAAUGCCUAUAAAUAUGGAUUUUCUUCUGGUCCAGAGAGCACUUCUUAUUACGACCAUUAUGAGGUGAAUGAUAAUUUACCAGCAGUGGAUGUUACCAGGAGAGCUUGGGAGUACCCUUCUGUGGCAAAUGCCCAAGAGCCCACAACAGAAGUGCAUUCUCAAGAAGAAACAACGGUCACAGAUGUGCACACUAUACCUGAAGAGUGCAUAUCAGAGAAUCCAGGAAGCAUUAGUCCCCAGGGCCUCUGGCAGGAUGAUAUCGAUCCGGAUAACAUGACCUACGAGGAACUGCUGGACCUAGGCGAGGCAGUUGGAACUGAAAGCAGAGGCCUUUCCCAGGAACUCAUCAGCAUGUUGCCAACAUCAAAAUGCAAGUUUGGGAGUUUCUUCUCGAGGAAAAAGUCCGGAGAGAGAUGCGUGAUAUGCCAGAUGAGAUACAAACGAGGGGAGAAGCAGACAACUCUGCCUUGCAAACACAUUUACCAUUCUGAAUGCAUCACCAAAUGGCUUGGAAUCAACAAGGUCUGUCCCGUAUGCAACAAUGAAGUCUUUAGCGAAGAAUUAAGGCACUAGAAUAUCAGCCUGAUGGAGCUCAGGCUGCCUUGGUCUUUCAUCAAUCCUCUUUUUCUUAGGUUUUCUCCUUUUCUUUUUGUGGAUGUAUUGGUUUUGUUUUUCCACACGUAGAGUUCAGUGAAGAGAGAUUAGUAAAGGGCGAUGUUCUCUUUCUUCCACCUAUAUAGGAAGUCCUUUUUUUGGGUGAAGGUAGUUGACUCCAUUGUCAAUCUGAGGCUGAGGAGUUAUUAAGCCAGGUACGGAAGAGGCAGCAAAAAGCCAAAACGAGAAGAGUAGAAAUAUGGAGAAUCAGAAAGAGCGGUCAUUUGUGGUCCAAGAUAGGGUCAGUAACCACUGGUUACUGACCCAUCAGUAACCACACGGGAGCCGUAGGAUUGGGAAUGGAGCAAUCCUACGGCUGGGCUGGAUGUGGAGUGGGGAGGGGCAUUUUUGUCCGUUUUUGUAUUUUUUAUUUUUUUUAUUCAUUCCGCAUUUCAAUGGCUGACUUUUCAAUGAAAAAGAGAAUGCAUU